AUGGAUGGCGGGAGCGCGGCGAGCAGCUCGUCCUCCGGGGCAAUGGUUCUUCCGGCCAAAGCCUCCUCCGGGGAGGGCGGCGGCACCGACAGCCCCGCCGCCGUCGCCAGCACCGGCACCGCGAGCAACAGCAGCAGCAGCGGCGUCAUCGAGGCAUCCCUCUGCGUCACCACGCGUGGCCCGCAAGAUCAACAGCGACAGCAAGGUCUCGGGAGAGUCUCAUCGCCGAUCUUGUUUAUGGGACACCAACAACAACCCCUACCCUAUCCGCCGGACGCUCAAGUAAUCUCCUUCACAGAUCCCUACCCCCACGACGACUCUGACCCAUUGUCCUUCUUCCUGUCCAGCGGCCGCGGCGAUAGCGACCCUCUCGGGUUCGGCUUGGGGUCCGUCGCCGACGGUACCUUCGGUGGCCGCAAGGCUACCCCCGAAGAGCUGAUGCUCUUCAGGAGCCACCGCCUGCUCCAGGCGGAGGCCGUCGGAGUGGCCAUUGGUCCCUUGCAUUCCUCUGGCGGCGCCGACGCGGCGUACGUGCGCAAACGCCUACGCCUCGUCAGCACAGCCGUGGAGCGGCAGCUGAGGCUGAAGGUGCUCGAGCAGACCAAUGCUGCCGUGGAAGGGGUCCGCGCGCUCGGCGAGGGCGCGCCGCCUGCCCAACAGCAGAGCGUCAUCAAUGCGGAGAGGCGCAACUGCCACCGCGUGCUGUCCGGCGUGCUCGAUGAGGGCACGGCUACGUUGAAGGAGCUCUCGACUACCGGCGGUGGAGGCCAGGGCGACGUGAGCGUAGACAUGGGCAUGGACAUGGCAUUACCUCCGUCGGCGCUCGGGUCUCCCGCGACAGAAUCGCAACAACUGGCUUCUACCUGGGAAGACGCGGCAACUUCCUCGAGCAUGAACAGCAGCAGCAGCAACUCAAUUGGCUCGUCAUGCCUCACGUCGAUGCAGCUACAGCAGCAGCCGCAGCGGCAACAACAGCAGCAUCAGCAGUCGAUCCUGCACCAUAUGCCGCCCGGAACGGGACGCUCUAGCGUGUUCGCCCUCACGCAGAUGCGCGACCGCCCUCAACACCACCACUCCCAGCUCGGGAUGGCCCUCGGAAGCACCCGGAUGGAAGGCGCGGACGGUAUGAAGCAACAGGGCAUGGGAGCCAGCUUUGGUUCUGGGGGCGGCGCGGCGGCACCACCUGGACACGACCACGGAGGUCUUUCUGACCCCAGCGCGGGGUUCGACGGCGACUUGUGGGGGGCGACGGGAGGUGGAGCCAGCGUUGGUGGGGGCGGGCGCGGGAAGCGAGCGACGAGCAAUGUCGGCAAGGCCAAAAAUAGAUCAGGGCUGCUGAAGAAGACUCCUCCAUCCGACGCUGUGACAGACCCCCGCCGGUCUGUGUACAACAAUCGCAAGGGCAGCCGCCACCGCCUCACCCCUCAGGCGAAGGAGAUCUUGGAGGGAUGGCUGGCCAAGCACUGGCUCAACCCGUACCCCACAGAGGAACAGAAGCUCUACCUCGCGCAGAACUGCCACAUCACCGUCACGCAGGUGAACAACUGGAUGAUGAACGUCCGCGUUCGUCGCUGCCGCACGAAGAAGAUCGGCCUCGCCACCGGGCCCGAGGAAAUCACGUACACGGCCGCGGGCAAGGCCACCCCUAAGGCCCUCGCCGCGAACCGCGUGGUCGGCAGAUCUUCUUCUUCUUCUUCCACCGCCGCCGCCGCCGCCCCUGCCUCCUCUACCAAGCAGGAGGGAGGCGGCGGCGCCAGCGGGGCCGCGGCAGAUGCGAUGCCACUGUCGAAGAGGCGAGUGGCGCAGCAGCAGCAACAACAAACAAAGAUGUUCGUUAGCGCCAGGGGCGGGGUGGGCGCAGAUGCACCGACGAGCACACCUGGGUGAGGCAGCUCGAGUCCUGGCGUUCAGACUCGCCCGAAGCUCCGGAGUGUUGGUCACCGGUCGGCUAGGAAUCGGAGUCCCGCGAGCGAAGCGGGUGAUUUCGGGCGUCCCGGCUGCUCCGGGCCCCACUCUGCAGCCGCCGGCUCUUCUGGUCUGGAAAGAAAAGUUCUUGGUCGAUCUUUUCUUGUCCAAGUCUAGAGGUUUUGGGAUGGCAAGUGCAUUCUGAGCAGGACCACGACCACAGGAAUACACUUGCGCGUUACUAUUAGAGGAAAAGCUUGCCCUAUACAUUUUAUUUUUUGUGUGCUGUGUUUUCUUCUUGGUUGUUUCGUGCACAAGUACAGUAUACUGUAGACAACUCCAUUCAGCUGCCUUUCUUUCCAAAUACUGUCAGUUUUGAGGGAAGCUUAUCUUCUAAUUUGAGGAUGGCCGGUAUUCGUUCACGAUGUGUGUCAUUUACCAGGUGCCGUAAUAUUGUGGAUGGAACGAGGCAUUUGCUACAUGCGCAGAGAGAAAUCAUUCUGUGGCUGGCGGAUUUCUAUUGCUGUUCAUCGAAUAGAGGAAUGUUAAUGUUCGUCAUGACUUAUCCUUGUACGUGAGAGCGGCGAGUUGCUAGAAAUCGCUGUGUCUGAUACACGUCCUCGGAUAGAUCCUCCAUGUAUCUUCCGCCAAAGGCUUGGGGCGAUUCGUUUCUCUUGUAUCUCAGUCAACGGGGAAACUGCAAAGGAGACUAGGUCCAGCGCUCCCUUAGACUUCCAAACGUCCGUGAAGAAGGCUUUUGUACGAUCAUCUCCUGUACUUUGAUUAUAAGGGAGGGGCAUGUUGCCUGUUUUUCUUUUGUUUCUGUACCCAACUGACAUGGGCUUCAAGGUGCAGGGAAGCACCGGUGAAUGCCAUACACAUGUCGUUUCCAGAGCACACACACUCGAUGUUGAUACUGCUAGAUACCGGAAUCGUGGUGCAACAUGAGUUCGUUGAUUAUGUUGUAUUCACUUAAUACAAAGUUCCAGUCUGUUCAGUACC